AUGGCUAAAAAACGUAAAGGAAGAAAAUCUAGAACAAUCUCUCGUGAUGGUGACGAUGACGAAGAAGAAGAAGAAGUUGUUGAACAACAACAACAACAACAACAACAACAACAACAACAACAAACUGAAGAUGAGAAACAGUUAGACCAGCAAGAUGAAUCCGCAGAGGCUACACAGGAAACUCAAGAAACUCAAGAAACACCAGCAUCCGCAACAGAAGAACAAGAAGAAACUCCCGAGGAACCAGAAAAGGCCCCAGAACCUGUUGAAGCACCUCCUCCAGUCCCUCAGCGCACAGGUCGAAGAGGUAGACCCCCAGGCAGGAAAAAUAAAGUGGUUUCACGAGAACCUUCUCAUACACCCACUUCCGCCCGUUCCCUCCGAAGUGCAACACCUCAUUCCCGCUCGGACGAAAACGAGGAUGACGCAGAUGGAGCAGAUGACGAUAAUACUGGCUCUUCUGGAGUUGCAGAUACUUUGCCGCGGCGUACCCGUGGAGGCCGCUGGCCUACCCGCGGUAAAGGUCGAGGUAGCUCUACAACAACCUCUAGCCUUUCCUCUUCCUCUCCAUCUUCUUCUCUUCUAGACGCCCAAGGAAAUCCACUCACAGUUGAAAACGAUGAGCUGGUUUUACCAUCAAACCCUAAAGGAGAUGCUAAAGUCACUAUCAAUGGUGAGCUAUUAGGUGGCCGUCAGUACCGUGUGCGCACAUUUACCGUCAAGGGCAGAGGUGAUUCUACCGGACGCCAAUACAUGCUUUCCACAGAGCCCGCGCGUUGCAUGGGCUUUCGCGAUUCUUACCUACUAUUUCAAAAACAUAAACGUUUGCAUAAAAUCAUUGCGACUGAUGAUGAAAAGUACGAUCUUAUUGACCGCAACAUUAUCCCCCAUUCUUAUAAAGGCCGUGCCAUUGGUAUUGUCACAGCCAGGUCUGUUUUCCGAGAAUUUGGCGCAAGAAUUAUUGUUGGCGGCCGUCGUAUCAUUGAUGACUAUGAUGAAGAAGCUUCUCUCGCUGCAGGUUACCGCGAGGGCGAACUUGCUGACCCGGCUGACCGUCUUCCUCCUCCAGGCGUUCCUUACAAUAAAAAUCAAUAUGUCGCUUGGCAUGGUGCUUCUUCAGUCUAUCACCAGUAUACCUCUUCCCCAGUUACCCGCAGUUCUUCAGAUAGUAUGCUCAUGCACUCUCAUGGCUCUCAUCAUUCGCUAUUAUCCUCAAGUAUUGGUCUUGGCUCUUCCGCAAAGGAGUCUUAUGUUAAGCGCAAAAAGUUGGUUAUUACAGAUGAAAACUGGAUGCUCGAACAUGCCACUGCUGCCAGUGUUUACAACCAUGAAAUUUUCCUCCGUCGCGAGCUUAUGGCUCAUCCUCAGCAAACUCCUCCAGAUACCUCUGUUGUUGGAUUAAAUGGUCUCAUUGUGCCGCUUGCACCAACAACUAUGUUGCCUGGUUAUGGUGGCGGAUCCUACGAGCCACAUACAGGAUUGUUUUUCUAUCCAGCAGCCACACAACCUAUUCAAGCUCGAUAUGUCCGUGUUUCUUCUAAAAUCACUGAUAAGGACUUGACCAAGGCUGGUGUUUUGAAACGCAAGCGCGAAGAUGAAGACAUUAAAACUGAGUCAGCCUCUAGCAGUAGACCCACAGUGUUUGUGACCCAUCCACAACUUAUUAUCGAUACUGAAGUAAGCUUGCCAUCACCCAUGGCUCGUGCUACUGGUCUGCGUAAGGUUCCACGAAGUGUUUUUGAAGGUAUUGUUUCGCCAGAGGUUGAGCGGGCCAUUUUGGCUCAAAUACGUUCAGAGGAAUUAUUUAGUUGA